GGGGGGGGUAGGGGGGGGUGGUGAUGAUGAUGAUGAUGAUGAAGUCCGGAGCCGCGGUGAUGAAGAGGACGGUGAUGAUGGUGAAGCCCAGCCUGGGGCGCGUGCUCCUCAUCACACUCACCGGAUCUCUCUUUAUUCUCAUCUUAUACUUACAGAGCAGCGCGAGCACCGGAACAGAACACCGUUUUAAAAGAACCGGUUUGCCAGGAAAGCUGAGGAGGUCUCCACUGCAGACUCGGGUCGAUGAAGAUCAGUGGGAUCUUUCUGCUGUCGGGACGACCCUAAAGGCUCGCCGAAAGUUUGUGGAUGAAGCCUGUCGCUCUCACACACGUAAGCGGCGUGUCCUGGGCCCUGAGGACCUGCGCCAUCUGCUGGUGGACGACCGACAUAGUAUGCUUUACUGCUACGUACCCAAGGUGGCCUGCACCAACUGGAAGCGAACGUUGAUGGUCCUGACGGGUGACGGACGUUACCGUGAUCCACUCGCCAUCCCCGCUAAUGAGGCGCACGCUCCGGGCCGGCUGCGCUCGCUCUCGGAGUACUCCAAAGCCGACAUUAACCGCCGUCUUCGCACCUACCUGAAGUUCAUAUUCGUGCGUGAUCCUUUCGAAAGACUCGUCUCGGCGUAUCGCAACAAAUUCACACGGAGCUACAACACGGCCUUCCACAAACGCUACGGCACCAAGAUAGUGCGGCGUCACCGCGCCAACCCUCAGCCCGAGGCGCUGGAGAAGGGAAGCGACGUCUCGUUCGAGGAGUUCGUGUACUACCUGGUGGACCCGCGGACUCAGCGCGAGGAGCCGUUUAACGAGCACUGGGAGCGAGCGCACACUCUGUGCCACCCCUGCCUCAUUCACUACGACGUGGUGGGCAAAUACGAGAGCCUGGCAGAGGACUCACGCUACGUGCUAAAGCUAGCCGGGGCAGAAAGAGAAGUGAAGUUUCCUGCGUCGUCGAAGAGUGUGAGGACCACCGAGAGCAUGGCAGCCAAGUUCUUCAGCAAUAUCAGCCCCUUCUAUCAGAAGAAGCUCUACAAUCUGUACCGCAUGGACUUCCUUCUGUUUAACUACUCGACGCCGACCUACCUGAAGUUCAGAUGAGACGAGCUGUGUGGAUUUUAGACACCACUGUGUUAGAUUCUCUGGCUGAUCUGUGGAUCUGCUGCUAGCGGCUCUCAGGGGAACUCUUAGAGGAACUGAUUGCUGCAGGUGUCCUGCACGUCUUCCCAGAACUCCUCAGUGACUCCUCUGUGUUCAGUGCCUCUGCUCGCUCACGUCGACUAACUGGAGCGGGAUUCCUCGUUAGCCGACGGGGAGACGAUUUCACAGCGUUUUAGCUCCUGCUUAUGUUUUUAUAAAUAUUUAUGUUUUAAUGUAUUUAUUCUACAGUUUAUACAGUGAACUGAAGUAUGAGGUUUGUUUUUAGAGCUGUGAAUGUUUCCUCCAUAAAAAAACUUGACCAAUCACUAUCCAUCCUCCUUGUUUCUGUUUUUUUUUUCUUUACAUCAGCGCCCUCUAAAGGCUGAGCUAGAAGUCACAACCUGAAUCAGGAGAACAUCUGACCUUUUCCAGUUUAACUGGGCGAGGAAGCAUCUUUCAAAGAAACCUCAUCUGACCACACUAAAGGUCUUCCAAAAGUGCACUUAACUCUUACAGACCACACCUUCAGGUUACAGGGAGGAGAACCUGUGCUCUAGAUGGAGUGUAAAGUUAGAGAUGUUGAGGAGAUACUGUGGAGAUUGAGAGAUUUUGCUGCAGAAGCUCCAGGCCCGUAAACGGGAAGCCGAAUAUUUAUAGGAAGUAGAUGUGAAGAAAGUUGGAGCUUCUACCAAACAUCAGUUUAUUUAUUUAAAGUUCCUUAAAGAGCAGUGUGUCCGACUACAGACUACUGAGAGAAGUUCACACACUUCAGAACAUGAAGGUCAGGGCAGAAUCAGGCUUUCAGGGGUUUCAGGAGCUUUUUCUGGAGCAGAAUGAUCACACA